AUGCCAAACAUAGAGAAACUUGCUUUACCAGUUCCAUUGUCAUUGCGUAAUGAAAAGAACUCAUUUAGAUUUGCGUUUAGUCAGUGGAAGAGUCUUAAAACACUGAUCAUGGCUUAUAAUGAAUUUACCUGGUUCUCAUUCGAGAUUCGAAUUGUGGGAGAGAGCUGCAGUAACCUCAGCAACUUGAAACUUAUGGGUAAUUUGGGAAACGACGAUGCUGAAAAUAUCGUGCAUUACCUCCAGAGCCUCACUAGGUUGAGUUUGCGAUGCUCUUUCAUCAAUGUUGAAGGAGUUCUCCUACUAAUCAGAGGUCUUCGAAACCUAGCGAUCCUUAACUUGACACAUUGCUUAAUCUUGGGCUGGUAUCUUAUGAUCAAUGAUGUUGUACAAGCUGCCACUCAGAAUCUUGACAAACUUAUCACAUGUUCAGAAGAUGAUUGUCAAGUUUGCGAAAAUCGACCUUCCGGGGAGCAUAAUUUUUACGGGAAGAAUUGGCGAAACAACGAGAUAAAAGAACUUGAAUUCUGA